GAGGGUAGCUAGUGUUUGGAAGGGAGAGGAGAGCUGCGUGCUGCAGCUCGCUGUUUCCUGAGGGCGUGUCGGAGUUGCCGCUCGGCGAGCGUUACAUAAGGCGCGUUUAGCUUUCACCCCUGUGACGUCACAGGGAUGAAAGGGAAGCAGCUGGACUCCAAACGAGCUGUUUUCAAGCACGCCUUUGGGCUAUUUCACUUUGCAAACCUAUUCCACGCACAAAAAAAGAGACGACUCAAUAUAAUAAUAGAAUACCAGAAUACCACCUCUUCAAAAUAUUCUGCUCUGUGUAAAUUAACUCUUCUACACUUGUCCCCUGCAUGUCUCCGUAUUUACUUUGCAUCGUCUGUUUCCCGCCGCCUCUCCGUCCUCCCGCGUUCCUCUCAGUAACAGCUGUGGUUCUUCACCGUCGCUGCUCUUCCUUCGUCUCUGGUAGAACUUUCUUCUUUAGCUGCGGAGUAGACAAUCUGCUUCCUGUUUCCACCGGCACGCACGUGCUCAGUGCACGUGAGCGGUCACGUUUUCAGCUGCAUACAGAUGGUGAUUGAUUCUGAUACGCAGCCGAAACGCUGGUGUGGGCGGAGAUCGUUUUUUAGACGUAGAUGUGUGAAUGUGUCCUCUAAGGUCAUCCUGUAGAUCUGUGGUUCUCUCUGGUCCGGGGAGUUCUGCAGAACCUGAAAAUCAGACUGCAGGUCCGUAAAUGCUUGUGCAAGAGUAGGAGCUGCCGUGCACAACACUGUGUCAUCACUAUAAAGGUGAAAAUUACACUUACUCACAGGAACACAAAUGUUUUUGAGCACAUUUUCAUAAAAAAAAAAAACCCUGAGCAGAAACCAAAACAAUCUGGAAACAUCUCAGAACAGUCAAGUUCUCAAACAGAUACUUGUGUUUGUCAGAACCAACAACUAAUAACCUGGUUUAUCUGCAUUUAGCCACAAAAACUUCACAUCCAUCCAUUCUUUAGUUUCUGACAUGACUCUAAAGGAUUCAGGAGGUCGUUCUGCUUCACAGCUGGAUAAGACGCCCGGGUUCAGUCCCCCACUGUGACCCCUCGUUGCUCCAGAGGCGCGACCUCUGACCUGUAUAGCAGCUGUAAGUCGCUUUGGAUAAAAUCAUCAGCUAAAUGAAUGUAAUGGUCUGUCGUUGGCGAAAACUUGAAACAUCUAAUGACGCCGCGGCGAUGCAGACCGUAAAAGCUGUGAUUGGUCGGCUUGAUAGCAUAAUUUCCUCCAAGCCCACAGGAAGUUUGCAACGUUCUGCAACGGGCUUCAAGGUAUGUUUUCUUCUGUUUGGUGGUCAUGUCACAAUGUGUUACCCAAUCAGUUGCGACAAAAAUGUAGUGCGCCUUCCUACACGACAGGGUGUUCGAGGCACCGCCGUUUCUGUUGGGCGCUGAACUCGCCCCAGUUUACUAGCGGCCGUAAAAUGUUUCACUAUCAGAGUUUGGUCGAUAACAUUUGGAAAGUCUAGAAGAGCCGCGCGGCACAUUCAAGUUGGCGGAGGCUAAACAGGAAGUUGACACAAACGAACAUGUUGCCCCGCCGCCGAUGGUGUAAUUGCAGAGCACGUCACCAGGGCAAGAUGGCGGCUGCCGUAUCCGGGAAAUUUUGGCUUUGUACAGAGGCAGGAAGUGGAGACGCGGCGGCCAUCUUUAUCUACAGUCACAGCUCCGCCCCCUCCUGCAGCCGGAUGAUAAAGUCCCCCCCGACUCUCCCUCCUCCGACUUUAACAGAUUAUCAGUUAUUAAUAAUUAAUCGGAGGAAUGAUCGACACGCAGCUUCUGUGAGCUGAACUCUGCAGAAAUGUGCAAACUAAAUAUUGACAGAAGCCGUCGCAGGAGAUGUAUUUCUCUCUGCUCGCAGUCGGAGAGGAUUCUGUGCAGCACUUCAUCAACGGUGAGUAAUACUACAUAUUACUGUACUCAGUACUGCAGUACUGAUCAAUACUGAGUUAAUGCUCAUCAGGGAGGAGACCAGGCAGGAUUUAUUUCACCCUGAAGCGAUUGUGAAAAAUAUAUUUAAUUGUGAUCUUUGAGGGAACAUUUUUAUAUAAUUGUACUUUUUUGUUUAUUAUAUUAUUAUAUUUUUAUCAACCAUAUUUAACUUAUUAAGGUUUGAUUUUUGCAGGAUCUCAAUAAAGAUGUUUGGUGUCAUUUACACAACAUGUCCCGCCACUUUUAAAAGCAUGUGUUAAAAAUUUCCUGAAAUGUUAAAUAACAAAAGAAAAUGUUUUGAGAAAGUUAGAAAGGCUGCCAUGUAAAUAUAGAAGAAAGAAAUGUGUAUUGUCCUAAAAAAGUAAUUUGAAAAACAAGCAACUGAAUACUAAUUUUUAUACUUUGAGUCCGUGUGUUUAGGGUUUACCUGUAUAAAUAAAUAAAGACACAACUUGUUAACGUAAACUCGAGUCUCUGCAGGUGUCUGUUUCUAUCUAGUCUGAUUAAUCGUUCAGUUUGUCCUGAUCGUCACGUGUUUGUCACUUAGAGUAUAUUUCUGUAAAGUAUUUAAUGUAAACACAAGCUACUAUAUAAAAAGUCAUUUUCACACCUUCAGUAUUUUUCAUAAUUCAUAUUGUUUUUUGCAUUUUGUGCUGUUGUUUGUGCAGUUGCCAUGGUGAUAUACCGCAUCGUCGUGUACCAGGAACAUUUGUUCCUCCGCGGCGACGCCCACCGAACCACCGUCCAGCUGGUUGGCAGCAGAGGAGCCAGCGAGCGCGUCCCAUUGGCUGAGAGAUCUGUUUGUCGGGUUUUGAAGAGCAUGUGUUGCUGCUGCAAAACCACAGAAGAAAAAGCAGAAUACGAGGUUCAGUGUCCCAGGAGCCUUGGAGCUCUGCUAUUGGUCCGUUUGGAAGCCCCGCCCACCGCAGCCAGUGAUUGGUUCUGUUUGAAGGUCAUCGUGACAACACCUGAGGGCGGAGUCUCACUGUUCCCCUGCUACCGAUUGGUCAGCUGCUCGACCUCGCUGGCUCUCAGGGAUUCGAUUGCAAAGUUUGUUUUCAACGACGUCCAACCAAUCGAACUGGAUCAGAGGGUGAACGAGCUGACGUGGCGCCGUCACACCUAUCGGUGGAGUUGCUACGACGACGGUCUUCCGGAGACGAUGAAGGCUGACAAUGUAAUGUCACUUCCUGCUGAGGUUCAAUUCUCUGUCUCCAAGGCAACUGACAUGAUUCUGACUGUUGGCAAAGUACUGGUGGAGUUGGGUCUGCAGAGCUUCCUGUUCUCUCAGAAGCGUUGGUCCAGUUUCCAUCAGAUCCAUCAGCUCUGCCAGCAGACCAGGACCCCGACCUGCAGAUUGGUGGAGCGCCUCUGGAGGGAGGACUGGUUCUUCGGACAUCAGUUCCUGAACGGAGCCAACCCGACUCUGAUUCGCCGCUGCACAGAAAUCCCGCCCAACAUGGCCGUUACCGAGGAGACGGUGGCGGUGGCCCUGGAGGGCGGAGCCAGCCUCAGACAGGAAGUGGAGAAGGGGAACGUGUUCGUGGUGGACUACAGGCUGCUGGACGGCCUCACAGCCAACACUGUCAACAGGAAGCAGAACUACCUGACGGCUCCACUCAUCCUGCUGCACCUGAACUCCAGAAACCAGCUGCUGCCUAUUGCUAUCCAGCUGAAGCAGUCUCCAGGUGAGACCAACCCGGUCUUCAUCCCUCAGGAUCUGGAAGCUGAUUGGCUGACAGCCAAAACAUUUGUGCGCUCUGCCGAUUUCGCCGACCACGAGCUGCGUUCUCACUUCCUGCGCACACAUGUGAUGUCAGAGCUCUUCGCCAUGGCAACGCUUCGCAACUUUCCCAUGGUGCACCCUCUCUACAAGCUGUUGGCGCCUCAUUUCCGUUUCACCCUGGAGAUCGACACUCUGGCUCGCCAGCUGCUGCUGUCUGAGGGAGGGUCACUGAAACAGUACACGGCAGUGGGCGGAGCCGCAGCGUUGGAGUUCCUCAGGAGGGCGUCUGCCUCGCUCACCUAUCAGGAUCUUUGUUUACCAGAUGACAUCACGGGGCGUGGCCUGGACUCCAUUCCUGGUUAUUAUUAUCGUGACGACGGCCUGCGGCUGUGGGACAUCAUCCACAAGUACGUAGGGGGCGUGGUCAGCUACUAUUACCGCAGCGACGAUGAUGUCAUCAGAGAUUCAGAGCUGCAGAGCUGGAUCAAUGAGGUCAUCGUGUUUGGGCGCCUCGGAGACGAGAACAAAGGUUUCCCAAAAUCCUUCACUUCAGCGACGGACCUGACGUACUUUGUUACCAUGGUGAUCUUCAACGCGUCGGCACAGCACGCGGCCGUUAAUGACGCUCAGCUGGACUAUUUCGGCUGGAUGCCCAACGCCCCGGUGGGUCUGCUGCGCCCUCCUCCGGCCUGCAGGGGGCGCUGCAGCGAGCGGAGCCUGCUGGACAGCUUUCCUGACGUGGACGCCACUGUGCACGGCCUCGCCACCGUUUACCUGCUCAGCAAGAAACCUGCAGACUUCGUUCCUCUGGGCGGCUCGAAGCAGCAGCUCUUCACCGAGAGCGUUCCCAUGGAGAUGGCGGCCUGUUUCCAUAGCGACCUGAAACGUCUCAGCUGUGACAUCGCGGCGAGGAACGUCGGCCUGAAGCUGCCAUAUGUCUACCUGGACCCCGCCGCCGUGGAGGACAGCGUGACGCGCUGAUGCUACGGCUAGCACUGUCUGCAUUACCUGAAUAUGUUAGCUUAGCAUGACCUUAAUGAGUUAGCUUAGCAGUACAUGAAUUAGUUAGCGUCACCCGAGUGUGUUAGCGUAGCAUCACCUGAAUGAGUUAGCUUAAGAUGAUGUGAAUGAAUUAGCUUAGCAUCACCUAAAUGAGUUAGCUUAGGAUGAUGUGAUUGAAUUAGCUUAGCUUCACCUAAAUGAGUUAGCUUAGGAUGAUGUGAUUGAAUUAGCUUAGCAUUACCUAAAUGAGUAAGCUUAGGAUGAUGUGAAUGAAUUAGCUUAGCAUCACCUAAAUGAAUUAGCUUGGCAUCAUGUAAAUGUGUUAGCUUAGCAUCACCUGAAUGAGUUAGCAUGGCAUCAUGUGGAUAUGUUAGCUUAGCAUCACCUGAAUGAGUUAGCAUGGCAUCAUGUGAAUGUGUUAGCUUAGCAUCAUCUGGCUGAGUUAUUUAUUUUUCAUUUGAAUAAACAGUUUAUAAAAUGUA